CCGCAAGGCCUCCAACUCCAGCCCAAUCAGGGUUCUAACCACACCCUGGGUACAGAUUCCCCCCACCCCGGGGCGGGAGCAAGGAGCACUUCCGCCAGCCACAAGUACCGCGCACGUGGCGGGCUGUGCGGGACCGGCGAGCGGCAGCCUGGCUGCGCAGCGCCAGCGCCUGCGGGGCCGGGAUGAUAAGCCUGACCUCGGCGCCCGAUUCCCGGCCGUUGCGCCGGGCCGUGACCCCCGCGGGCCGGCGGACGGAAUCUCCUGUAGUGGAGCUGAAUGUUGGGGGUGAGUUCUAUACCACCACCUUGGGCACCCUGAGAAAACUCCCAGGCUCAAAGCUGGCAGAGAUGUUCUCCAGCUCCGCCAAGGCCUGCCUGGAUGCGGAGGGACGCUUCUUCAUCGAUCGCUGCGGCACCUAUUUUGGACCCAUCCUGGAAUAUCUGCGCAGUGGGCAGCUGCCCACACAGCACAUCCCCGAGGUGUACCGUGAGGCUCAGUUCUACGAAAUCAAGCCUUUAAUCAAACUCUUGGAGGACAUGCCACAGAUCUUUGGUGAGCAGGUAGCUCGGAAGCAGUUUUUGCUGCAGGUGCCAGGCUACAGUGAGAACCUGGAGCUUAUGGUGCGCCUGGCGCGUGCUGAGGCCGUGGCGGCGCGCUGCUCUAGAGUUCUGGUGUGCCUAGUACAAAACGAAAAGGAUGAUGCAAACUGCGCGGACGCCCUGCGCUCCCUGGAGGCGGACAAGAGGUCAGUGGUCAAAUUUGGGCCUUGGAAGGCAGCCCUGGAUAUCAGGGACCUCCUGGACUGCAUGAACAUGGACAUUAAGGCCCAAGGGUACCAGGUACACUAUUCACACAACAGUCCAUUACCGGCCAAGGUCUCCGACUACUUCUAUACCUUCAGCUUCAGCUGGUGGUGAUCCCCAGGGGUGGGGGCUGUUUGUUACGAGCUCUGGUGGGACUUACGAAAUUAAAGGUUGCCUUCCAAAGCCAUCUUCCUUUAAUUUUAAAAACAAACAGACAUCAAAAACUUCCAAGGUGGUCUACUUGUCUUGCCCCCAAAUAUGUGUUUCCCCUUUGAGGACUUUCCACUCAUUGCAACUGACUCCACUGUACUUGCCUAGAGAGGUGCAGCUGUUUCCUCUUUAAAGCCUCAUGUACCUGCCAGACCCUUCCCUUGAAGUCCAAUAGCAAGGCAGAGGUGAACUGGAAUGUUUCAACAAUGCUUUGGCUGGAGAUGCGGGAUGACAACAGGAAAAUAAUAGGAUGUCAUGAGUCUAGACAGACCUAAAAAUGUAAUCUACCCAGCCUCAGCUUGUGGUCCAAUCUUCUAGCCCUGGUGUGUGCCUUCAUGAGGAAGAUGCCAAGUUAGUAUACCUGGAGUAGAUGGCGCUCAGAUCUCCUUUCCCGGAUGCUGUGGGUAUUGGCUGCUAAAGCGUCACAGCUGUCCUCUUAUCUAGAGCAGUAGUUCUCAAAGUGUGGUCCCUAGACGGGCAGCAUCCCCAAUACCUGGGAACUUGUUAGAAAUACAAAUUCUCUAGUCCCUACCUCAGACCAACUGAAUCAGAAACAGGGAGUUGGCCCAGCAGUCUGUUUUAAGAAGUCCUCCAGGUAAUUCUGAUGCACUUUAAUUUUGAGAUCUGAUCAAGAACAGAAUUGCUAUCUCGCUUGUGUGGAGGUACAGCAGACUGACCCCUCACCUCAAGGAGGUGCAGUUCCUAUUCUAGAGCUCCUCGUGGGAUCAGGCUGAAGUCAGUCUUCACUGAACACCACAUUCUUGCUUAGUGGUCUUCCUCUGCUUUACCCUGCUUCCCUCCCUCCCCCUCACCUGAGAACACAUCCUCAAUAAACCACUUAAACAAGA